AAUCUUAGCAUACUGCAUGGCUGCAGCAUGUUCUGCAUUUCGCCAUCGCGAGUGGAUUGUACGACAUCAAAAAGUAGCAUAGGAGGGCUACAUAUCAUACUUUAUUUAAAUAUUUAUGUCGAUCUAUUGCUAGUUAUGUCAGAUAUACAAAAUAAUGACUUUGUUGAAGUCAAAUCAAAGAAAAGCAGAAAGCGAAGAUUAGACGAAAAGAGUCAAAGCAUGGACUCGAUGGACGAUAAUGCUGAGCCCACGUCAACAACAGAGUCUACUGAACAGCCGCAACUUCCUAUGGAUACGGCGGCAAGAAGUGAGACUGUCCCAUCUAGGCCCAAAUUCCCAGCCCUAAGAGGUGAAAAAUUACUGGAAGGCAGUAAUGAGGUGCGAAAGUUGCCGGUGCCAUCCAACAGAUACAGCCCCUUAAAGGAAAACUGGAUGAAAAUAUUCACACCUGUAGUUGAACACUUAAAAUUACAAAUUAGGUUUAAUUUAAAAACUAGACAAGUUGAAUUGAAGGCUUCUAAAGAAACAACAGAAGUUGGAGCAUUACAGAAAGGUGCAGAUUUUGUAAAAGCUUUUAUUUUAGGAUUUGAAGUUGAAGAUGCAUUAGCAUUAUUGAGAUUAGACGAACUCUUUCUGGAAACAUUUGAAGUUACAGAUGUGAAACCUUUAAAGGGAGAUCAUUUAUCAAGAGCUAUAGGCAGGAUAGCUGGAAAAGGUGGCAAAACAAAGUUCACCAUUGAGAAUGUGACAAAGACAAGAAUUGUUUUAGCGGGAACCAAGAUCAAUAUUUUAGGAUCAUUUCAAAAUAUUAAAAUUGCAAGAACGGCAAUAUGUAACCUUAUUCUCGGGAGCCCUCCUUCUAAAGUUUAUGGCAACAUGCGAGCAGUGGCCAGUCGAUCAGCUGAAAGGUUCUGAAGUUUGCUAUAAAGUAUUAAAAGGAAUUCAAGAACUUAAAAUUGGUUGAACGACUUGGAUUUCAGACUACUCAGAGGGUUUGUAGACUAUGUCCGACUGGCUCUUUGUUGCAAGAACAUUACAUAGGUGGUCAUUUUGCAGUUCACCAUUAUAGUCAUGCUACUUUAUGGUCAGUGGAUGCAUUAGCCUGGAUGACACAAAAGAAGAACUUUAUAGUUUACAUUACUAGGCCUAAUAUAAAUACUGUAUAUAAAUUAGGCCCCAUAUAAAAUGAACAUAUUUUAUAUUUACUUGAGUCAAAUUUGCAGUGUAUCAAGAGAAUAAAUUUCAGACUAUUGAGUAACUAUAUAUUUACGAUUGAAACUUGGACAGGGAACAAUAUUUUAUAUAUAAAAUAUUGAGUUUUAACGAUUUACCUUUGAAGAAAUAAGAUUAAAAUAGUAAUCCAAACAGUA